CUGCUGCGCACCAAAAACGAUUUUUCCACAAGCAAGCAAGCAAGCAAACCAGCCAACGCGACACAUCCCACACACAGACACACCACCCAUCCUCAAUCGUGUCAAACACCACCAGCCCGACACCUGUCCUCCUUCUUCUUGAUCGGCCAGCGAACCAACGAGUCAGCCAUCGAAAUAGCCCUCUCGCCUCCCUUUCUGUUGUGCCGGGGUAUUUUCUGUGUGAACAGCACCUCCACCAGCUUCCAUCUUCGAUAGGACUCAACACACACACACCAGCCAUGGGCGCGAAACUCCGCAAGCUGUUUGGCAACAAGGAAAUGCGCAUCUUGAUGCUCGGCCUUGAUGCGGCGGGAAAGACAACCAUCCUGUACAAACUCAAGCUCGGCCAGUCUGUGACCACCAUCCCGACGGUCGGCUUCAACGUUGAAACCGUCUCCUACAAGAACGUCAAAUUCAACGUUUGGGAUGUCGGUGGCCAGGACAAGAUCAGGCCGUUGUGGCGGCACUACUACACGGGGACCCAGGGCCUCAUCUUCGUCGUCGACUGCGCAGACCGCGAGCGUGUUGACGAAGCGAGACGAGAGCUACACAAGAUCCUGAACGACCAGGAGAUGUCUGACUGCGUCAUUCUCAUCUUUGCCAACAAGCAGGACCUUCACGGCGCCCUCACCCCCGAGGAGAUUCCAGAGAAGCUCGGCCUCAACCGCCUCCGCGACCGAGUCUGGUAUGUACAACCGUGUGUGGCCACGACUGGCGCAGGGCUGCAAGAAGGCCUGACCUGGCUCUCCCAGAACUACAAGUCCUAACCACCGCUGCCCUUCUUCACUCACCUCGCGAGCACAUACAUCCACACCCACACACACACCACUUGUCCCUUCUUUUUUUCAUCACAUCUGUUUGGAAUCGAGACAUCUCUGCAUGCGCCCGUGUGGGUGUUCUACACAGACUUAUCGUGUGCCAACUGUCGUUGUUCGCAUGUGUGUAUGUGUGUUUGUUGCUGCUGUUGGUGUCGGUUGAUCAGAGAACUUCUCCAUCUGCGUGUUGUGGUGCUCGCUCAUUCGUUGUUUGGUUGGCUUGGAUGCAUGUGCGUGUGCGUGAGUGUGGUCAUCACAACCCCACAACCCCCGUUUUGUAUUCCCCUUCUUGUGUCCGUGUUGCUUUGAGUGCUCAGUUGUAACUUCACCCUCCGCUUCUCAUUGGUUCUACUUGCUUCCUGGAAAUGGCAAUUGCUUUGUUCCCCACUGUUAGCGUGGUGUGGACGCAUGCAUGCGCAUGCACACUUGACUGACCCACCAAACAAAACCACCCGUUUUGAAGCAUUACAGAACCCUCCUCCCCACA